AUGUCCACAACAAUGAAGCCACUACUAUCAGACCUUGCUUCCACCUUAAAUCAUGUCCCUUCAAAUUACAUCAGACCCAUUGAUGACCGUCCAGAUCUUCAGCUCCUAUCUUCCACUAAUGAUUCCAUUCCUAUCAUUGAUCUUCAAGGCUUAGAUUCUUCACACCGUUCUGAAACCAUCCAAAAAAUUGCUCAUGCUUGUCAAAACUAUGGAUUUUUUCAAAUUGUGAAUCACGGUGUUCCUGAGAAGGUGGUAGAUGACAUGAUGAAUGUGUCAAAAGAAUUCUUUAAUAUGUCUGAGACUGAGAGGAUGAAGAGUUACUCUGAAGAUCCAUUGAAGACGACAAGACUUUCGACAAGUUUUAAUGUGAAGACUGAGAAAGUUUCAAAUUGGAGAGACUUUUUGAGACUUCAUUGUCACCCUCUUGAAGAUUAUGUUCAUGAAUGGCCUGCAAACCCUCCUUCUUUCAGGGCUGAUGUGGCAGAGUAUAGCAAGCAACUGAGAAACUUGGCAUUGAAAAUGCUUGAAGCAAUAUCAGAGAGUUUAGGUUUAGAAAAAGAUUACAUAAACAAAGCAUUAGGCAAACAUGGACAACACAUGGCUAUUAACUACUAUCCUCCGUGUCCUGAGCCUGAACUAACAUAUGGUUUACCAGCACAUGCUGACCCAAAUGUUAUCACUAUUUUGCUGCAAAGUGAUGUUGUUGGUUUGCAAGUUCUUAAGGAUGGUAAAUGGGUUACUAUAAAUCCUGUUCCUAAUACUUUUAUUGUCAAUAUAGGUGACCAAAUUCAGGUGAUAAGCAAUGAUAGGUAUAAGAGUGUGCUGCAUAGAGCUUUGGUGAAUAGUGAGAUAGAGAGAAUGUCUAUUCCAACUUUCUAUUGUCCAUCACCAGAUGCAAUCAUGAAACCAGCUCCUCAACUCAUAGAUAAUGAUCAUCCUGCUCAAUAUAAAGAAUUUGAAUAUAAUGAAUACUUCAAGAAAUUCUGGAAUAGAGGGCUUUCAAAAGAAACAUGUGUGGAUAUGUUCAAAGCUUAA